CAGCUCGGGUCAGGCGUGAGGAUUCUACCGCUGAAAUACUGUUGAGAAGAAUUGUUUUUUUGGGUUUGCAUUCAGUUUUACAGUUGAGACUUUAAGAUCUGAAGUUGGACAUCCUGAUUCUGUAAAAUCAACGCUCUCUUUGUAAAUGAGUCAGACACCAGACCAACUGCAGUGAUUUAACGGCUGUUCUGGCUUUGAAGUCGUUUUCCUGCUUAAAGGAGAAGAACAAUAAACAGUGAGGCUGAACAGAGUCUCAGCACACUGAGGAGGGAAGGGAAGAGGACAUUAUGACUUAGUGCUUAUAGAUGUCUGAGCUUUUAUAACUGAAGAAAACAUGAAGACGAGCCUGGCUGGGCUUCUCAUUUUCAUUCAGCUCUGUGAAGCCGGUGCAGAGUUGGUGUUUGAGUGUCUGACAGAGGGCCAGUCUCUGGUCCUGUCCUGCUCUCCUCAGAAGAACCACGGCAGCCCGUCAGGCCUCCACCUUUACCACCGCUGGGCCCAGAGCCAGACCACGCUGCUGUCACUGAGCGAGGCCGGGGAGGUCAGGGUGGACCCGGAGGUCAGGACUCGUCUGCAGCUCCGUGGAGGACUGGACUCCCUGAACGUGACCAUCUCUCAGGUCCAGCUGAGCGACACUGGACUGUACAUGUGGGAGCUGAGCUACAGGGAGGAGAACAGCUCAGACCAGAGCAUCCUCAGCACACAGAGGGUCUUCCUGUUGGUUGAAGGGAGGUCGUGUUGGUGCUCUCAGAGUUACCCCCCUCUGCUCUGGACCAUCUUCACAGCAGCAGGACUUCUUCUGGUGACGCUCAGCUGGCUGGCCAUCGACAAAUGUGUGAAGACGAGGCCUCGACACCGACCGCAGCCUCAUGUUCCAAUCUACGAGGAAAUGAGCCGGAAGCAGCAGAGGCCUGGAAGCCCCCAGAAUAACCAGGAAGCCCCCUCACACCUGGAGGAAGUCAGCUUCCCCGUCUACGCAAACCCCAACAUCCGACAGCCGCAGGACAACUACUACGCCUGCCCCCGACAGCUCGCCCUCAGAGCCUGAAGCUUCCGGUGCAACGCGUCCAGGAAAUAAUAGACCAAAAAACCCCAACAAAUAAGGGUCAUUCCAGAACUGGAGGAUGUUUGGGCUUUGAAAUGUUUGAAAAAUAAACCUUCUCUUUUCCA